AUGGGUGAAGCAGUGGUGGGCUUGAUCGGCAUGGGCGACAUGGGAAAGAUGUACGCUCGCAGGCUCAGCGAGGCUGGAUGGAGAGUACACGCCUGUGAUCUUCCAGACAAGUAUGAUUCGUUGGUUGAAGAAUUCAAGGACAGUCAGGAGAACGUAACGGUUUUCAAGAACGGCCACCACGUCUCGCGUAGCAGUGACUAUAUCAUCUACUCUGUUGAAGCAAAGAACAUCGAUGCCGUCGUCGCCGCCUAUGGUCCAUCAACCAAAAUGGGCGCCAUCGUCGGCGGCCAAACCUCCUGCAAAGCCCCCGAGAUGGCCGCGUUCGAAAAACACCUCCCCUCCGACGUCGAAAUCGUCUCGUGCCACUCCCUCCACGGCCCAGGAGUAAACCCGAAAGGCCAACCUUUGGUGCUAAUCCAACACCGCGCCUCAGACGCCAGCUACGACCUCGUGUCCAAGAUCUUGUCUUGCUUUGAGAGCAAGCAUGUCAAGCUUACAGCUGAGGCUCAUGAUCGCAUUACCGCGGACACACAGGCGGUCACGCAUGCUGCGUUUUUGUCAAUGGGUACUGCGUGGGCGGCGAACAACCAGUUUCCUUGGGAGAUGCCGAGGUAUGUGGGUGGCAUUGAGAAUGUCAAGAUCAACAUCACGUUGCGCAUCUAUGCAAACAAGUGGCACGUGUAUGCCGGUCUGGCCAUCUUGAAUCCAGCUGCCAAGCGUCAGAUCAAGCAGUAUGCUGAAUCCGUGACGGAUCUGUUCAAACUAAUGCUGGGAGGUCACAAGCAAGAAUUGAGAGACCGCAUUGAGAGUGCCAGAAAGGCAGUCUUUGGCAAUACUGAUGGCAGCAAAGGACAUGAAUUGCUGCUGCAAGAUGACUUGCUGGAUCAAUUUUCGCUCGGCAAGAAACCAGCUGCUGGCGAGAGGGUCAAGAACAAUCAUCUCAGUCUGUUGGCCAUGGUGGAUUGUUGGUGGAAGUUGGGAAUUGUGCCUUAUGAUCAUAUGAUCUGCUCUACACCGCUCUUUCGUCUCUGGCUAGGCAUCACCGAAUACCUCUUCCGCAAGCCAGAACUGCUGGACGAAGUCAUCGAGACCGCAAUCAACGACAACACUUUCCGUCGCGAUGAUCUAGAGUUCACAUUCGCUGCUAGGGACUGGUCCGAACGCGUCUCCUUUGGCAACAUGGACGGCUACCGCAGCAAAUUCGAAAAGAUACAAUCGUACUUUGCUCCUCGUUUCCCCGAGGCUACUCGCGUGGGCAAUGAGAUGAUCAAGACGAUUGAGGAGAGUCUGAGACAGAGAAAGGGUGAGGACAGUACUUGA